AUGUACGUCGAAAUCCUAGCAGCCCUAUUCCUCCACUUUUUUACUUCCUACGUGAUAUUCCCAAUAAUAACCUACUACCGUGAUCCUAAACUUCUCCGCCGCUAUCCCAAUUUCUACAAAUUGUCCGGUAUAUCUGAUCUCCCCUACAUCUACGAAGCCCACAAAAGCUUCCGUUCCCGGAACCUCUACGAAGCACACAAGGAGCAUCCCGUCCUUCGCGUUGGACCCAACUCGCUUUCCUAUGGUGACCCGCGAGCAAUUAAAGACAUAUACGGCCACGGCACGGCAUGCGUCAAAGACCGCUUUUAUUCAGAAACUGGAGGGGCGCAUGCGCAUCUGGCGGAUGUCGUGGAUAAGGGUGAGCAUGCACGGAAGAGGAAGAUCCUUGCUAGUGCAUAUGCGCUGAAGAAUCUUGAAGAGUGGGAGUAUAAAGUGGGCGAUAUGACGGAGAGAUUGGUAAAGGCUUUUGAUGAGAGGUGUACAGGGCCGCUGCUCCCCGAGGAAUUACCAAAGGAAGAGGAUCUCAGGGUCGACUAUCGGAUGUGGACGAAUUUGUAUACCAUCGCCGCAAUGGCGAGUAUUGGGUUGAGUGAGGAUUUACGGUUCUUGGAUCAGGGGUCGGAUUUGGUGAGAUCAGAGAGUAGGGAUGGGAAUAUCAAGCACGUUUCUUUCCGGCAGUGUCAGUCUGCUGCUGGUCGAGUUACCUAUAACCUGGUCUGGGCUUAUGAUUGGUACCAAACCCUGGUUCGAAUCAGCAAGCUGACCUCCUCGACUUACCGCAGACUGUGGAAGUUGAAUGACGACUGGAACGGGAUUGUACUAAACCGUGGAACAACUCGACUCAAGCGAUACCUAGCCGGAGAGAAACUUGACGACUUCUUCGCCGCCAUGAUGGAGGAUAAGAACGGCAAACCGCAUAACCUUGAAUGGGGCGAGAUCUUGGCCGAAAUCAGCAUCAUGAUGAAUGCUGGAUCUGACACCACUGCUAUAUCUCUGCGGAAUGUCAUGUUCUUCCUGCUAAAGAACUCGCAUUGCAUGGAGAAGCUCCGUGCUGAGGUUGACAGCGUCCUCGACGAAGACGAGGUUGUCGCACCUUAUGCCAAAGUCAAGCACCUACCGUACCUCCGCGCCUGUUUAGACGAAAGCCUGCGCAUGCUCCCACCGGUAAUCUUCGCUCUCCCCCGUCGAACACCCCCAGAAGGCACAACCAUCCUAGGCGAGUAUAUCCCCGGUAACACUUCUGUCAGCAUGUCAGCAUACGUGGUCCACCACAACGAAUUCAUCUUCAAAGACCACAAUGUCUACCGGCCGGAGCGUUGGUUGGGAGAAUCUGGAAAAGCACUGCAGCCGUAUUUCAUCCCGUUUAGCACUGGGGCGAGGGGGUGCAUUGGCCGGAAUAUUAGCUAUCUUGAGCAGACGGUGCUUUUGGCGUCCUUGUUGCAUCGAUUCGAGUUUGCUUUGCCACAGCCUGAGUGGGAUCCUCCUAUUCCGGAGACGACCAAUUUGAGUCCGGGACCAAUGCCGUUGAAAAUUUGGAGGAGGCAGAGUCAAAGUGUGUGA